AUUUUUAAGCUUGUUUUACUUUGAAAGUCUAAAAGUAAUUGUUGCAUGUGCCACCUGCCUGUAUAUUUGUCUGUUAGGUCAGUGGUUCUCAACCGAUGGGUCACGACCCAAAAAUGGGUCGCAGGUCUGUUCUGAUCAGGUUAAAUACAAAUAUUGCUUGCAACCAACCAUAUACUGUACAUGUGCAUACUGUAGUUAGGCUAGCCAAAUAAAUAGGAAUGAGAGCAUAAAACCAUCAAAAUUUAAGAUACAUUUAGAACACAAUGUAAACUACAAAGUAAUUUCUCCAGUUCAGCAUGUCAUGUUAACAAUUUUGCAUAUUGUUGGGCCUGUACACAUGGUAAUAUUAAAUGGAUAGUUAACCCCAAAAAAUAACAUUUACUUUCCCUAAUUUUGUUCCAAACCUGUGUAUCUUUCUUUCUUGGAACACAAAAGGAGAUGUUAUUUUCCUUUACUUUUGUACGCUAAACAAUUUUGGUACUGUGAUGGUGUCCAAUGUAAAAUCUGUGAGCAAAACCAGCUGAGAACCACUGUGCUAAACCAUUUGAACUGUGUGGAGAGAAUGUUAUAUGUACACACAGGAAUUCUUUCACUAACUGACUGGAGGAGAAGGAGAAGGAAGGGGUUAGAGUUUCAGUCCAGCCCCCUGUCCAGUCCCUCCUCCUGGUCUCUGCUGCAAAAGAGGGGGAGGGAGACACAACGUUACAGCUACCACAGAGGAAACGGAAUAGACGAAACAGACUAAAGUAAUUUCAAAACCCCGGGGCCGUGCUGAAGCUCCACUCUCUGUGUGUUUUCAGCCACGCUAUCUUUCUUUAGAACCCCUGUCAGCUGCUUGUUUCCCUCCUGUUUGCUCUUUGUUAUCCUUUCUCCCUUUGUGGCAAGCAGCCACCACCCUAACCACCAGGAGAAGAUCUCUUCAACAAAGAGGAGAUGCCCCCACAGCCACAGGUGAAGAGAAGUUUCCUGGAAUUCCUCAAGAGCUUUGUCGGGAUUGUACGGGUCCUCCAGAUCCUGCUUGGAGCUGGGCUUUGGGUCACCAUCGCAGCCAACAAGUAUGAGGGCUCCAUUCACUUUGUACUCUUCGUGGCUGUGUUCUUCUGGCUCCUGACGUUAGCCAUCUUCCUCAUUACUCUACUGGACAAACAAGACCUUGUUCCUAUCGUAGGAGGAGAACGCUGGUUGUUAAGCAACGUGAUACAUGAUGUUGCUGCUUUUCUGCUGUAUCUGUCAGCGAUUGGAAUCAUGAUCUACAAAACCGACAAGAACUCCUACUGUAACCUAGACGUCUACAAACAUCACUGCUUGUACAAGGUCUACCUCACCGCCUCGGUCUUCGCCUGCCUCUCUGCCAGUGUCUAUCUGCCCUCGGCUAUCUACGGCUGCUGCAGGAAAUGUCGAGGUGAACAGACUGUCGUGUGAACGUGAAAAUCCCAGGCGGCAGACAGUUAGAGACAGCAGCAUUCCUCACAGGAAACCUUGUCACUGAGAGAUGGUGGGGUCUUUUGCUCUGGUUGAACUCGGCAAGCGUUUGGAGAUUAGAAAAACAUUUCUUCAAAGCAAGAAAUUUCUUAACAACUAUCUUAUGUUCCAGUAAAGAUAUCUACACAUCCUUAAUACAAGAUCAGUUCACUUGAGAAAUAAAACUGAGUCAGAUAAUAAGACUUGUUUUCAAAGAAGGUAUCUCAAAUUAUCUUCAAUCUUGAACAUAAACCUCACAUACUGUAAUUUCAUUAGAUUUAUGCUUAAAGCAAGAGAAAAACUAUUUGCCAAUGGGGUAAGAAAAUGUGCUUAAUUGAAGAUCUCUUAAAAUCUUAAACAAUUUAGUUUCUCAAGGAUGUUUAGAUAUGUUUACUGGAAAGCAAGACAAGGAAUUUUUUGUAAGUGUUUUCUCUUGAAGCAGAGUGUUUGAUCCCUUAUCUCAGGCUUUCAGGGUUUGUUGCUUUUUAUACAGUUUUAGAUAAUUUAAAGAGCUUUUUACCUUCUGAAGUCAUGCAUAGAAGUCUAUUUUACACUUUUUGUAUGUUUUUUGUGCUUUCGGGGUUUUAUAUACUAAUCAAUGUAAAGUUUUAUUUUUUGUAUUUUAUACCUUGCAACUUUGUAGCAUCAUGUUUUGUUAUUUUAGCUUUUGAUGAUGUAGACAUAAAACAGUGCCUGCUUUAUUGACUCAUCAGUGUGUUUCAUAAACCAUGUUGGUGUACAUUACUGUUUGGCAAUCCUAAUAUGAAUCACAUCAAAUAUCUCCACUUGAUUAGCAUUUAAAAGAGGUAAAAUAUACAGUAUAAUACAGUUUUGAUGUACAGAGUGUAAUGUGUAGCCAUCAAACAGGUAAUAAAAAAGACAAAACAAGGAGCACAUAAAAAUUUAA